CUAGAUGCGGGCGCGUAUCAGAAAGAAAAAAUCAAGUCGUUAGAACGGUCGUGUCGAAGAGCCGGGAAAUCCAUUCUUGGAACGGUCGUGUUUCUCAAUUCAAGCUGGAACAUUUCAAUCGGAAAUCCUCACCGACAGGGCAAAACCAGAAAAGUGAGAUUGUUCUUAUAAAAUAAUUCUGUGAGGAGCGGACAAUAUCUUGGACAUUAUGAAAUUAGAAAAUAUUACGAUCGAAGAAGCGGUGGAGAUAGCUGGAGGGAAUAAAAAACUCUACGAAGAGAAGUUCGAUAAAUUUCGACAAUGGUUGAAACAACAAGCUCAUCUUCCUCAAGACAUCUCAGAUAAUCGAUUACGGUUCACCCUUUUAACUUCAAAAUUGGAUUUAGAGAAAGCUAAAAAACGUUUAGAUUCGCAAUAUACACUUCGUACCUUGCUUCCCGAGUUUUUCGCCAACUAUGACCCACAAAAUGAGAAGAUCGCUCUAGUAUACAAAUGCGUACAAUGGGUAAUUCUACCAAAGCUGACGCCGGAAAAAAAUCGAAUCAUUUUUUUCCGAUUUAUAAGCGAAGACGCUUCUAUCUUUCAUCUCGCGGAUGUGAUAAAAUACACAUGCAUGUUAAUAGACAUAUGUAUAGAGGAAAACAGGGUAAAUUCUAAUAUUAUAAUAGUUGAUUGUGCUUAUUUUACUUUUAAUCAUUUGCUUAAAUGCAUACCAAGCCUUAUAAGAAAGUAUGACCUUUGCCUGGAAGCAUACGGUUUGAGAUACAAAGGAAUUUAUAUGAUAAACGCACCAUCUUAUAUCGGUAGACUCUUACAGUUAAUAAAAGCGUUUAUGAGUCCAAAAAUUUAUGAGAGAGUGAAAGUUUUCGAAUCCGGAAUAGAAUCAAUAUGUGAAAUAAUAUCAAAAUCUAAUUUACCCGCGGAUUAUGGCGGUAAGGAACCGUCAUUGGAAGCUUUAUCAGAUAUGUGGCAUGUGAAAUUGUUGGAACGAAGGGAAUGGUUACUGGAGCAAGAAAAAGUUAAGAGCAACGAGUCUCUGCGAACUGAUUACGUAAUAAAUGCGGAUGAAUUAUUCGGAAUUAAUGGGACAUUCCGCAAGUUAGAAAUCGACUGACAUCUGAGAAAUAUCUUAUUGAUAUAUUGUGAUGUUUACGAAUUUCAAAAUAUGUAAUGCUAAUCCAACGUAUACUAGAUGCGCAACUAAGUUUCCGGGUUUCACACAUGGAUAGCACUAACGACACAUGUAGUCGACAUACAUGUCUGAAGUUGUGUUUUUUUUAUAACUUGGACAUCUGUUAACAAUAACCAGUCGUAAUACCAACACAUAUCGCAACGCAAAAAUAUUUUUCUAACAACGAAGAUAUCGAGUUUUCUACCAAAUAAACAGCAUUUGCGGGAAGCUUUGCUUUUCUGCUUUAACUUGAAAAAAAGUGCAUCUGAAGCAUGUCGUUUGCUUAAUGAGGCCUACGGCGAACAUGCACCACCGAAAACUACCUGUGAAGAUUGGUUUAAACACUUCAGAAGUAGCGAUUUCGACACUGAGGACAAGGAGUGCUCCGGAAGACCAAAAACAAUUGAGGACGCCGAUCUGCAAGC